UUAAACUGUUUCAGCGCGAGCGCAGCAGCGCGUGUGUGACGUCACCUGUGGGGAGCGCUUGUAUUCAAAAACAGCUUAAUGGCCGUUUCUUAUGAUUUCAGUGGGACAACAACAUUAAUCACGGGUUUCAUCCCUGAAUCCAGUGUUGUGAGAUGUAAAGUGCCCUGUCAUGUGUCCGGCUGUGCCGUGUUGUUGGUGGAGUGGGCAGCGUGGUGUUUGUCUCGAUUCUGGUCACAACAGGAGAAUUGCCAGCGGGGUCCACACACAGUGUAUUAGUCAACAGAAAACCUCUCGUCCCUGCAGACUGUCUCCUGGUAAACUCAACACCCUGACAAUGUGGACCAUGAAUACUCUUCCUUUUUAAAGUCAGUUAUAAUUCAGACCGCUGAUAGCUGAGCGCUAUUAUAUUUGUUGAUCAUUAACGUUCGCCCAGAUUCGUUUGGAUGGAUUUGAUGUGCAGUUCGGGGGUGUCACAGUGAAAGGGCGGCAAGACUGAACUCUCUCCGUUGUGCAAACAGUCUUUCCAGCUGAGGCAGCAAUUCACAAUUUACUUCCCCUGACCUUUCAUUCCUCUCACCUGCUUUUCACUUCUCCCUGGGUCCACUCCUCCAUCCCUUUCUCCUAUUGUCUGAUCUCCUCUCCUAUUAGAUUUUUUCCCCCCGCUCUUGAGAUUUCCUACCGACCUGGCUUCAACUAUCGUCUUCAGGCGAGCCUUUUCCUCACCCGCCCCGUUUUUAUUCAGAUAUUUCCCCUUCUUUCUCAGUCCUGAAGAAGGAUCUCAACCAGAAACGGCGACUCUUUUCGAUAGAUGAUAUCUGACCUGCUGGGUACCUUCAGCAUUUUGCGAGGGUUGUUUUGGAUCUCCAGCAUCUCGGGUUUGUGAUUUAUUCUCCGUCGUCACUCCGGUCGCCAGUGGCGCUACGGAGACCUCCGACAACCGGUGGCGAUGUGCAGACCUCCGGCCGCCAGUGGCGCUACGGAGACCUCCGACAACCGGUGGCGAUGUGCAGACCUCCGGACGCCCGUGGCGCUGCGGAGACCUCCAACAACCGGUGGCGAUGUGCAGACCUCCGGCCACCGGAGGCGCUGCGGAGACCUUCGACAACCGGUGACGAUGUUCAGACCUCCCGCCGUCAGUGGCCCUGCGGAGACCUCCGAAACCGGUGGCGAUGUGCAGACCUCCGGUCACCGGAGGUGCUGCGGAGACCUCCGACAACUGGUGGCGAUGUGCAGACCUCCGGCCGCCAGGGGCGCUGUGGCAACCUCCCAGCUUCCUGCUGGACGCAGGCGCAGUGCCGACCCCAGGUGUCACCGUGGUUCUCCGGUUAAAUACGAGAAGGAAUUUGUCUCCGGGAAUCUGGAACAUGGCAUGUCAGUUUUGCUGUCUCUGUCUAGAUAUUUAAGAAGUGGAGCAAAGGAUUCAAUCGACCAUCCUUCCUGCUCAGACUGUGGGGAGGGAUUCACUCGAUCAUCUGCCUGACUGGCACGCCCGUCAUUUUACACAGGGGAGAGGCUGUUCACCUGCUCAGACAGUGGGAAUGGAUUCACUCAGUCAUCUCAAUUGAAGGUACAUCAGCAAGUUCACACUGGGACAAGGCCAUUCACCUGUUCUGUGGGUGAGAAGGGAUUUUCAGUCGGUCUUCCCACCUGUGGAUGCACCAGUCAGUUCACAUUGGGCAGAGGCUGGUGAUCUGCUGAAUUUGUGGGGAAGGAUUCACUCGGUCAUCUGACCUAAUGGCUCACCAGCGAGUUCACACCGGGGAGAAGCCAUUCUCCUGCUCAGACUGUGGGAAGGGAUUCACUCGGGCAUCUCACCUACUGAGACACCAGUCAGUUCACACUGCAGAGAGGGAAUUCACCUGCUCAGAUUGUGGGAAGAGAUUCCCUCACUCUUCCACUCUACACAGACACCAGUCAGUUCACACUGGGGAGAGGCCGUUCACCUGCUUAGACUGUGGUAAGAAAUUCACUCAGUCAUCCAACCUACAGAGUCACCAGCGAGUUCACACUGGGGAGAAGCCAUUCACCUGUUCAGACUGUGGGAAAGGAUUCACUUUGUUAUCUCACCUAAUGACACACCAGUUAGUUCACACGGGGGAGAAGCCGUUCACCUGCUCAAUCUGUGGGACGAGAUUCACUCAGUCAUCCACCCUACAGAGACACCAGCGAGUUCACACUGGGGAGAAGCCAUUCACCUGCUCAGACUGUGGGAAGAGAUUCACUCAGUCAUCCACCCUACAGAGACACCAGUCAGUUCACACUGGGGAGAGGGAUUUCACCUGCUUAGACUGUGGGAAGAGAUUCCCUCUCUCUUCCACCCUACAGAGACACCAGCGAGUUCACACUGGGGAGAGGCCAUUCACCUGCUCAGACUGUGGGAAAGGAUUCACUUCUUCAUCUCACCUAUUGACACACCAGUCAGUUCACACUGGGGAGAGGCCGUUCACCUGCUCAGUCUGUGGGAAGAGAUUCACUCAGUUAUCCACCCUACAGAGUCACCAGCGAGUUCAUGCUGGGGAGAAGCCGUUCACCUGCUCAGACUGUGGGAAGAGAUUCACUCAGUCAUCCACUCUACAGAGUCACCAGCGAGUUCACACUGGGGAGAAGCCGUUCACCUGCUCAGUCUGUGGGAAGAGAUUCACUCAGUCAUCCAACCUACAGAGUCACCAGCGAGUUCACACUGGGGAGAAGCCGUUCACCUGCUCAGAAUGUGGGAAGGGAUUCACUCAGUCAUCCAACCUACAGAGACACCAGUCAGUUCACAUGGGAGAGGCCAUUCACCUGCUGUGAAUGUGGGAAAGGAUUCAGGCAGUCAUCUCAUCUACAGAGACACCAGCGAGUUCAGACUGGGGAGAGGCCAUUCACCUGGUCAGAUUCUGGAAAGGGAUUCACUCGGUCAUCUGAGCUAUUGGCACACUAAUCAGUUCACAGUGGGGACAGGCCAUUCACCCGCUCAGACUGUGGGAAGGGAUUCACUCGGUCAUCCCAACUACUGGCACACCAGUCAGUUCACACAGGGGAGAGGCCAUUCACCUGCUGUGAAUGUGGGAAGGGAUUCACUCAGUAAUCUAACCUUGUGACACACUACCGGGUUCACACUGGGGAGAAAGUUUCAAUAAGCUGCAUGCUGGAUAUUUGUCCAUCACUGUGCUGAAUGCGAUUUUGAGAGUGACUGUCGGUGCUGAACUCUGCAAUCAUUGCUGCUGCUCACCACACCCAGUUCUGCACCCUGAUCACUGGGCAUGGGAGGAGUCUUUUCUGCUGCAUAUUCACCUUCCAUGCGACUGGAGUGUAAUAUUCUGGAUCUGAGACAAAUAAAUCAGUUCUAUUUUAAACUCUGCCUCUGGUACUUAGUGAAUUUAUAACACAACUAGUGUACAGUAGAGAGUCAACUCAGGCCGGCUGGACCCGCCCAGUGAUUCUGUUCCACGACAGUCCUUUUCAAUCCUCCCCUGUUGUUCACCUUUCGCUCUCCCUGUGGCGAUGGGUUCCAAACAGUCACUCUGUGGGUGAAGAGGUUCCCCUUGAAUUUUCUGCAGAUUGAAGAAGUCGAGUUGACUGCAGUUAUGUCUGAAAUGUUCUUCACCCCUUAAAUAUCUGGGCUGAGGAAGAAUGACAUUGGUAGUCAACCUCCUUAUUCACGGCUCAUUUCCACAUUAUGGGUCGUUUUCCCUGCUUCUGAAGGGUUAACAUAUAAAACCUGCAGCACAAUAGAGUCCCUGCGGCCCACAAAAUUCUGCUGAAUAUGUUCCCACCCUGGAAAUUAUUAGGUUACCCAUAACCCUCUAUUUUUCUAAGCUCCAUGUACCGAUCCAGAAGUCUCUUCUAAAGACUAUCGUUUCCACCUUCACCACUGUUGCCGGCAGCUCAUUCCAUGCAUUCAUAGCUCUCUGCAUAAAAAAAUUUACCCCUGACAUCUCCUCUGCACCUACUCCCAAGCACCUUAAACCUGUGCCCUUUUCAGCCCUGGGAAAAACCCCCCAACUAUCCACACGAUCAAUGCCUCUCAUCAUCUUAUAUACCUGUAUCAGGUCACCUCUCAUCCUCCUUCACUCCAAGGAGAAAAGGCCGAGUUCACUUAACCUUUUCUCAUAAGGCAUGUUCCCCAAUCCAGGCAACAUCCUUGUAAAUCUCCUCUGCACCCUUUCUAUGGCUUCCACAUCCUUCCUGUAGUGAGGCGACCAGAACUGAGCACAGUACUCCAGGUGGGGUAUUCAAUUCCACGAUUGGUGAAGGCCAAUACACUGUAGCCUUCUUAACCACAGAGUCAACCUGCGCAGUGCUUUGAGUGUCCUAUGGAUUUGGACCCCAAGAUCCCUCUGAUCCUCCACACUGCCAGGAGUCUUACCAUUAAUACUAUAUUCUGCCAUCAUACUUGACCUACCAAAAUGAACCACUUCACACUUACCUAUGUUCCAUGCCUACACUGGUGUUACUCCCCAAAUUUUCCUACGCUACAUCGAUGAUUGCAUUGGUGCUGUUUCCUGAACACAUGCAGAGCUCGUCAAAUCCGACUUCCACCCUGCCCUGAAAUUUACCUGGUCCAUUUCCGAUACUACCCUCCAGGAUCUCUCUGUCUCUAUCCCAAGAGAUAGUUUAUCUGCUGUUGUCUAUCAUAAAGGCAUCGACUCUCACAGCGACCUGGACUAUACCUCUUUCCACGCUGUUAGUUGUAAAAAUGCCAACCGCUGCUCUCAAUUUCACGCAUCUCCGCCGCUCAUGCUCGCAGGAUGAGGCUUCUCAUUUCAGAACGAAGAAGAUUUAAAGAUUUAAAUCCUUCUUCAAAGAAAGGGCUUCCCUUCCUCAUCCAUCAACGCUGUCCUCAACUGCAACUCUUCCAUUUUGCGCAGGUCUGUCCUCACACCAUCCUCCCGCCACCCCACCUAAGAUAGUGACAUCUUGUCCUCACCUACCAUCCCAACAGCCUCUAUGUGCAGCACAUAAUUCUCCAUAAAUUCGGCCAUCACAACGGGAUCCCACCAACAAUCACAUCUUCCCUUCCCAUCCCCCCAGUUUGCACUUUCAACACGGAUCGCUCACUACGUGACUCCCUUGUCCAUUCUUCCCUCGCCACUGAUCUCCCUCAUGGCUCUACACCUACCCCUACACCGGGGACACUUCAACUUUGAGUCUGUUGUGGUCAUCUAUUGUGUCUACUGCUCACGGUGUGGCCUCCUCUGUAUCGGUGAGACCCUACUUUGAUUGGGAAACGGCUUCACUGAGCACCUCCGCUCCAUCCAUCAGAAAAAGCGGAACUUCCCAGUAGCCAUCCACUUAAAUUCUACUCCCAUUCCCAUUCCGGCAUGUCUGUCCAUGGCUGGUCUACUGUCGGGAUGAGGCCACACUUAUUUUGAUGGCGUAACACCUUAUAUUUCGUUUGGGUCGCCUCCAACCUGAUGGCAUAAACAUUAGUUUCUCGAACUCUGAUAGUGCUCCCCCACUUCACCAUUCCCCAUUCCCAUUUCCCUCUCUAACCAUACCUCCACACCUGCCCCUCACCACCCUCCAGUCCUCCUCCCCCUUUUCCCUCUUUAGCCUUCUGUCCUCUCCUAUUGGAUUCCCCUCAUCAGCCAGUACUACAUUCACCAAUCAACUUCCCAGCACUUUACCUCACCCCUGCCCGUAUGUCCUUGUGGUUCUUCUUCUCAAUCCCCCAGCUUCGAAAUCAGUCUCCUCAUCUUUUGUCUUCAGUCUCGAUGAAGGGGCUCUUCAAUCCACCUUUCCACGGAUUCAGUGCUCCUCCGGAAUUCUUUGUGUGUUUCUAAGGAGAAUGCCGUGAAAAUUUUCUGGGGGGAAGGGGUAGCGUGUAAUACCCUGUUUCACAUUAUCACUGUUAUGCUGUAUUUAUUCAAUUUCGCAGUUCUGUAAAAACAGUCGGCAUUGGAUUAAUGUUAAAGAUUAGGGAUAGUGAGGAAUGUGGGCCAUUCAAUCAGGAUGAGAAAACUGGAAGGAAUCCGGAAACAGGACUCAUAAGUUCAGUUGAAUCUUUUAUUUCUGAACUUUCUCCGGAAUUAGAAACUUUCCUGCGGAUCAAUCCCACCUUUAAAGUACAUAUCCGAUACCUCCAUAUGCAGCAUUCCACCACUCCCUCCUUUGUCCCGGUUGCCAAAUGGAAUAUCCUUCUAUAAUCCCUCGACGUUUUCAUCCUCAUCCACGCUCACGGCAGUCCUCUGUUCAUUUUGAAUCCUGAUACAUUCGGGAAACAGCUGGCGCCGAUUCUUUCUUUCAUGCAUAAGUUCCCAAUUCUGCGGGGGAGAAAAAGAAAAUGCAAACAUUAAGUGAUGAUCAUCUUGGCACCUUGUUAGGCCAAAUGUAAAGAGACAGUGCACUGGUAAAUGCAGGACUCUGAACAGUGCUGAUGAGCAGAGGGAUCUUGGUGUCCAAGUUCAUUGCUCGCUGAAAGUGGCUCAGAGAGAUUGAUAGGGUGGUUCGGAAAGCAAACGGCAUGCUUGCCUUUGUAAGUCGAGACAUUGCUUUCAAAACUCAGGAAUAUAUGUUGCAGCUGUAUAACACGCUAAUUAGACCACAGCUGGAGAAUUGCAUACAGUUCUGGUCGCCUCAUUCUCGGAAGAGUGUUGAGGCUUUGGGGAGGGUUACCAGGAUUUGACGUCGAUUAGAGGGCAUGUCCUAUAACGAGAGUUUGGGCAAACUUGGGUUGAUUUAUCUGGAGCGGCGCACUUAUGGUGAGACUUGACAGAGGUUUAUAAGAUUAUGAGAGGCAUAGGUAGUGGUGACAGAGAUGAUCUUUUUUCCAAGUCUGAAAGGCCUAAUGCAAGAGAUCAUGCAUUCAAUAAUACGCACACGAGGAGGUAAUUAUAAUUAAGAUGUGGGUGCAAGUUUUUUUUACACAGAGUGGUGCGUUGCUGGAAUAUACUGGCUGGGGUGGUGGUAAAGGCAGAUAUAUUGGUGAUUUUUAAGAGACGUUUAGAUCGGCACAUGAAUAUCAGGAAAAUGGAAGAAUGUGGACAUCGUGUCGGGUUUUGUUGGCCAUUUGCUAGGUACUUUGAUCCGUUCGGCACAAUAUUGUGAACUGAAGGAGAUGCUCCUGUGCUACUCUAUGGUCUGUGUCCCCUGUCGCGUGGUUUCGGAGUAAAAUUAGUGAGUGGGAACAACAGGUUAGUUGCAACCCAAUGAGAGAAAUGUCAGUACAUCCAUUUCUGCAGAAGAGACAGCAAGGUUGGAUGUGCUUAAAUGGUGCAAGCUGAGGUGCGGUGGGUAGGGAGGGGGCACAAAGUUAUUGUGCAAUUAUUGGACGAAUUAUUCCGGAUCAGAGUGAAAAAGAUGUUACCAAUUACUUCGGUCAUUGAAAAGUACAGAACAGAAACAGGCUCCUCUGCACAUCCAGUCCGUGGAAACCCGUUUAAACUGCCCUCUCCCACCGAUCUGCACCGGGUCCCGAGCCUUCAGUGUACUUACCAUCCACGUACCUGUGCAAACUUCUCUUAACACUUACAUACAGGGCCGAGAUGGCCUGUUUCCGUGCUGUAAUUGUUAUAUGGUUAUAUGGUUAUACUGUUCAUAUUCUAUACCUUCAGAGUAUGAUCCGGGUCAAUUUUGACCCGGCCCAAGAAUCCCCUCAUAAUAAGAGUCUAUACCAAAUUUUGAACCACAGAUCUAUUUAGAAUAUAUAAGUAGCCUAUCUGACAUUAAUAAAUGGGUGAUUAAUCCUUAAUUAAUGUUUCAGAGAGCAGGGAGAGUGUAUUUUUUUUAGGUUUUACACCACUCGUUUAUAGAGAAAACACAUCUACUAUCACACAAUAUCAUGUCCUAUUUUACCUAAAUAAUGAUUUAAAUAUAUUUUAUGAAACUGAAAAUGGCAAGAACAUUCUGGAACUGUGGGGUUUAUUUUAUAACCAUUUAUAACCAUUCCAACCAUCAAACACUGUCCUCACUGCUGUAUCUUAAAAAUCCUCAUAAUUACUAUCUAAUUAUAACUAUUAACUAUUAAUUCAACAUUAAUUAACAUUUAACCAACAAACAAAACAAAAAGAAAUUGCUAUUUGCAAACUAGUCUUCACAUUGAAAGCAGUGGGAGGAAACCUUGCGUGCGUGGCCCUUGCACUGUGUUUCCCACAUUUGAAGCAAGUUGUCACUGUUUUGCAGUCCUUUUUUUGUAGAGCAAAAUUUGCAUCUCCUUCUCUUCUGUCCCUUGUGUUGGCUUCUUGUGGGACUUGUUUUUGUUCAGCGCCAGGUUCAGGUCGCUGCACUGCCCCUACCAGUGCUGCUGAGGCUACUGUGCGGAGAAGCUGGUGUCGCCUUUGCCUGAAAGGAGUUAAAAGGGUCUUUCCAGGCUACUCCAAAAAGAACCUCCUCCAUUUCCUCUUACUUGCCCUCCAGGUAGGGUUCAGCUCACUCCAUAUGACAAAGGCAUUGUAGGUCGAUAUGUCAAUGCGAGAGGCUGCGGGCUGUUCUCCUCUUGCAGCCGUAUGUGCCUGUUACUUUGCCAAGGUUGUCCGCUCCUCCUUUGUUGGCAUUGUAGUCAAGGAUGAUGGCUGGUUUUCUGUGCUCCUGAGCGCUCAUGUAAAGUGCUCAUAAGGGUGAUAAUCUUGUUCGUCUUUUGCGUUAUACGAGACAACUGUGGUGUCAUAGGUGAAAGCAAACUUAAGGACCAGACGUCUCACCCCCCUUGUUGCAAUCAGAGCAUGUGGCAGCUCAGGUUUGUUCCGCCUCACAGUGCCCACCACGGUGAUUUUCUACUUCAGGAGCGCCUGACCAAGCUCACGAAAUGUGAAGAAGUUGUCACAGGUCACGCUGUGUCCUCUUAGCCCUUCCGUCAUCUCUAACACGACACGCAUGCCUUGUUUUCUCUCCGGGGCUCCCCCAGCUUGCUUCCCAGUAUAUACUUGCACAUUCCCAGCAUAACCGGAACGUGCAUCACAGCCUGAUCAUAACUUUAUUCCAUAUUGUCCUGGCUUGUUAGUCAGAUACUGGCGGAAAGGACAGCGACCUGCAAAAACACAAAAAAGGGGAAACAUCAUUUGAUAUCACAACCAAUAGCAUUGCAGCAGUGAUUAACUAGUCUAACAAUAAAAGGGCAGCCAUUUAUUACCUUUGAAUGGAACCAAUCUUUCAUACACUGUGACCUCAGGACCAGGUUGUACUUGAGAGGCGGCCCACUUGUGCCAGACACCCCUGAUUGCUGCCAGUUUGCAAGUGACACCCCACGCAGGUCUUGUGUCACGGUUGUCAAAUCUGAGCACCGCCGAUAUGGUACGGAACAUUUCCAGGGACACGGUGGCACGAAAAAUUGGUCUUCCCUUCUCAGCAUUCCAAAGACUAGAAGCAGCCUCACCUCGGGACCUACACACACCAACCAGUAUUAGAAGCCCCAUGUAAGCAUGUAGGUCAGUAACAUCCAUGGUCUUCUAUUUUUGACCGUUUAAUCCCUUCAUUGUUUGUCAUUUCAGUGACAAUUUUUUUCAAUGGCUGGAGGGAGGAAGAGCUGGAAAGUUGAUCAAAUGUCGGAUGCACGGGAAGUAGCCAGUCUUGUGCGCCCUGGAGUCAUUCGAAUGACAUUUUCCGCUGCUAUCCUGCCUGCAACCUGAUGUGGAAGUGAGGACCAACUGGUUGUGUUAUCCUUGGACAAAAAUGUCUCCUUUGCUGUCUGCUCCUCUCUCAGAGUCAUCUUCAUCUGAGGGACUGUAAUCAGAGUUUUCCUCUGUGUUGUCCUCCUGCGCUGACGCUUCCUCCUCCAAAUCGUUGUCUGCUUGUUCAUCUUAGAAGACCAGAUCAAUGACCUCUUGGACACUAAGUCUUGCUGCCAUAACCUCAGUCACUGAAAUGGCAGCUCAGGUACCUCGUGACAGUGUCAAGCCCCCCCUUGAACUCUGUCACUACUUUCUCAUAAAAUAUGUACACAGACAUGGUAUGUACGGUUUCACAGUUUCACGAUUCCCUAAAAGCACCAUUUUCCUUGAUUUGACCCACACUGGGACCCGUAUCUAUUGAAAAUCCAUUUCAAUGUAUACGGGUGAAAUUUGAUUCGGAACAGCCUCAAUGUACAAAAAUUAGUAGCACCUGUACAAAAGUAUAAAAUUUUUAAAUAUAUUAGUUUUUGCGCGUUUUGGUCACUUUACGAAAAGUCAUCAGAUUUCGGCUAAAAAAUUGGUAUUUGGGGUGUUUUUACUGCUGUCAAAUGUCAAAACGGGCCAACAACCUAUCUCUGAAUGUGAACAAAACAAAAGAGAUGGUUGUUGACUUCAGAGCACGUAGCGACCACUCUCCGCUGAACAUCGACGGCUCCUCCGUUGAGAUCGUUAAGUGCACCAAAUUUCUUGGUGUUCACCUGGCGGAGAAUCUCACCUGGUCCCUCAACACCAGCUCCAUAGCAAAGAAAGCCCAGCAGCGUCUCUGCUUUCUGCGAAGGCUGAGAAAAGUCCAUCUCCCACCCCCCAUCCACACCACAUUCUACAGAGGUUGUAUUGAGAGCAUCCUGAGCAGCUGCGUCACUGCCUGGUUCAGAAAUUGCACCAUCUCGGAUUGCAAUACCCUGCAGCGGACAGUGCGGUCAGCUGAGAAGAUCAUCGGGGUCUCUCUUCCCUCUAUUACAGACAUUUACACCACACGCAGCACUCGCAAAACUAACAGUAUUGUGAAAGACCCCACGCACCCCCACCCAAACCGUCCUGCCAUCUGGCAAAAGGUACCGAAGCAUUCGGACUUUCAUGGCCAGACUGUGCAACGGUUUCUUCCCCUAAGCCAUCAGACUUGAUGUCUGAUACUCAAUACUCAGAGUCUAGACUGACAUCUAUAUCAUUUAUUAUUAUAUUGUAAUUUGUCCUCCACUGUGCCUAUUGUCUUAUUUAUUAAUUAUUGUAGUGCCCUGCACUGUUUUGUGCACUUUAUGUAGUCCUGUCUGUAGGUCUGUAGUCCAGUGCAGUUUUUAUGUUGCUUUACGUAGUUUAGUGUAGCCCUGUGCUGUCUCACAUAGUCUAGUGUAGUUUUGUGUCGUUUCAUGGAGCACCAUGGUCCCGGAGGAACAUUGUUUCGUUUUUACUGUGUACUGUACCAGCAGCUUAUGGUCAAAAUGACAAUAAACGAGACUUGACUUGACUUGAAAUUUGACCCGAGCAGUAUGUAUGGGGUAAUCUGUUGCCCACACUGGUACUUUAUGUACAUCAAAUUGUAAUAAGGGUCUCGGCCUGAAACGUCGACUGCACCUCUUCCUAAAGAUGCUGCCUGGCCUGCUGCGUUCACCAACAACUUUGAUGUGUGUUGCUUGAAUUUCCAGCAUCUGCAAAAUUCCUGUUAUUUGUGUAAUAGCAUUGUGCCAGUUUUGGUGAGGAACCAACUGGUAUAUGUAGCAGAGAUCUAUCUCAGUUUAAUGCGUUCCCUCAGACAUGGUCAAAGCGGUCAAUAAUCAAAUUCAUGGAAAGUUCAAUGAUGAGUUCCGACCAAUUUUAUUAGUCUGCAUCUGAUACUGAUAAUUUUUCCACUAAGGACUGUUUCAGGUUUUCUAACUCUGCUUUAUCUAAGGAAUUGACCAUUGCAAAUAUUGAUGCAUAACAUGCUUUCAAUACUUCCACUUAUUUUUCUCUUUUUUCACUUUUUGACCGACACAAUCUCCUCCCUGCUUAAUUGUCCUGAAAAAACUGUGAGUAUAUAAUAGUCCGGUUCCAUACAAGCGCCAUUCGACUUCCCCGUUCUGCCAUCUUCUCUCUUCACCUUCCGCCGAACAAAAGACCACGAAUUCUUCGGUCGGGCACAUAAGAAAGAACAUCAUCUCCCUUCAUUGGCCAGCGCACAUUCCAGAGCCUCGUUAUCUCUAGUCAUAACCCAAACAGUGCACUACAGAGAAACCAUUACAUCAGCACUGAAAUCUUUCCCAGGUGUUACAUGCAAUUUAUCAUCUUAGUUACAGUUUUAAGAUUCUAUACUAAACCAUCUUGUGUCCAUAAUUUCUCUAUUCUUUCUAGUCCAUCCAAGCCAGAUUCUCAAAUAUCUUUGGACUCAAGUUAUUCAUCUGUUUUCCCCCUCCCAUUUUCAUUUCAGGAUAGGGGAGGCAGGAAGCAGCGUGUUUUCCUUUCUUUUAUUUUCUUCACAAAGCUUCCCUGCUUCUCAGAAUGAGAGAAUGAAAACAUUGCUCCUUGGUCGAAUCUGUCGCAAUCGACUUGGAAAGCUG